GGCGGGAGGUGGUAGUGAGAAGAGGCGCUGCCCGAGCGGCCAAGGGUGCAGCGGGGCCAAGAAGGCGGGCUUGCUCCGGGACGCCGGCUGUACGGCUGUGACAGAUGAUUGACAUCAAAAAACUAUGAUUUCAGGAACGAAUGCUUGGACCUAAUAUAAAAGUAACCGGCCUUAAACAGAAACAUAGGAAGAACAUUUCAGAGAAUCUCAAGUCAUAAUCAAAUUCCAUCAGAAAUUCAAUCAUGUAUGGAAGUGCUCGGUCAGUUGGGAAAAUUGAGCCAAGUAGCCAGAGCCCUGGGCGUUCACCAAGGCUGCCACGUUCACCACGAUUGGGGCAUCGUCGAACCAACAGCACAGGGGGCAGCUCUGGAGGUAGUGCUGGAGGUGGAAGUGGCAAGACACUUUCGAUGGAAAAUAUCCAGUCCUUAAAUGCUGCCUAUGCCACGUCAGGCCCCAUGUACCUAAGUGAACAUGAAAAUGUGGGCGCAGAUACACCUAAAAGCACCAUGACCCUUGGCCGAUCUGGGGGUCGCUUGCCUUACGGCGUUAGGAUGACUGCAAUGGGCAGCAGCCCCAACAUUGCCAGUAGUGGAGUUGCCAGCGAUACUAUUGCAUUUGGAGAACAUCAUCUUCCUCCUGUGAGCAUGGCUUCUACAGUGCCUCAUUCACUACGCCAAGCUAGGGACAACACAAUAAUGGACCUGCAGACACAGCUAAAGGAAGUGCUCCGGGAAAAUGAUAUAUUGCGGAAGGAUGUCGAAGUGAAAGAAAGCAAACUUAGCUCCUCCAUGAACAGCAUCAAGACAUUCUGGAGUCCUGAGCUGAAAAAAGAGAGGGCCCUAAGGAAAGAUGAAGCCUCCAAAAUCACGAUUUGGAAAGAACAGUACCGGGUGGUUCAGGAAGAAAAUCAGCAUAUGCAGAUGACGAUUCAAGCUCUUCAGGACGAGCUGAGGAUCCAGAGGGACCUGAACCAACUUUUCCAGCAAGACACCAGCAGUAGAUCCAGUGAACCGUUUCUGACAGAACUAACAGAAGAAAACUUCCAACGACUUCAUACCGAGCAUGAGCGUCAAGCCAAGGAACUCUUCUUGUUGCGCAAAACCCUAGAAGAAAUGGAGUUGCGCAUCGAGACUCAGAAACAGACCUUAAAUGCUCGUGAUGAGUCCAUUAAAAAGUUACUGGAAAUGCUGCAGAGCAAGGGAUUGUCUGCAAAAGCCACCGAGGAAGAUCAUGAACGCACACGAAGGUUGGCAGAGGCCGAAAUGCACGUUCAUCACCUGGAAACCUUACUAGAGCAAAAGGAAAAGGAGAGCAGCUUGCUCAGAGAAGAGAUGCACCGUCGUUUUGAAAAUGCUCCUGAUUCUGCCAAAACUAAAGCUUUACAGACUGUUAUAGAAAUGAAGGAUUCUAAAAUUUCUUCUAUGGAACGUGGACUCCGAGAUUUAGAAGAAGAAAUCCAAAUGUUGAAAUCAAAUGGUGCCCUCAGCACAGAGGAACGUGAAGAAGAAAUUAAACAAAUGGAGGUGUAUCGUAGCCAUUCCAAAUUUAUGAAAAACAAGGUAGAGCAACUGAAGGAAGAGCUAAAUACCAAAGAGGUUCAAGGGGAGGAACUGAAAAAAAAAGUGGCCGAUUUCCAGACAGAGGUCUCUGCCAUUGGUCAAGUGAAGCAGGAACUAUCCCGGAAAGAUACAGAGUUGCUGGCUUUACAGACAAAAUUGGAAACCCUCACAAACCAGUUUUCUGAUAGUAAGCAACAUAUUGAUGUACUCAAGGAAUCCCUCACAGCAAAAGAACAGAGAGCUGCCAUCCUGCAAACAGAGGUAGAUGCACUUCGGUUGCGCUUGGAAGAGAAGGAGGCAAUGUUGAACAAAAAGACUAAGCAAAUUCAAGAGAUGGCUGAGGAGAAGGGAACUCAAGCUGGAGAGAUUCAUGAUCUCAAGGAUAUGCUUGAUGUGAAAGAACGCAAGGUUAACAUUCUUCAAAAAAAGAUUGAGAAUCUUCAGGAGCAACUAAGAGACAAAGAGAAACAAAUGAGCAGUUUGAAAGAAAGAGUAAAAUCCCUGCAAGCUGAUACCACCAACACUGAUACAGCCUUGACUACACUAGAGGAAGCACUUGCAGAAAAGGAGCGUACUAUUGAGCGACUCAAGGAGCAGCGUGACAGAGAUGAGCGAGAAAAACAAGAGGAGAUUGACAGCCAUAAAAAGGAUAUAAAAGACCUUAAAGAGAAAGUCAGCAUCUUGCAAGCAGAUCUUACAGAAAAGGAGACUACACUCCUGGAUUUGAAGGAACACGCCUCUUCAUUGGCAUCAGCAGGCUUGAAAAAAGACUCUAGACUGAAAACAUUAGACAUUGCUUUGGAGCAAAAGAAAGAAGAAUGCCUGAAAUUUGAAUCUCAGCUGAAAAAAGCUUAUGAAGCAACCAUUGAGGCCAGGGCCAAUCCAGAGAUGAAUGAUAGAUUUCAGCAGUUUGAAAAAGAGGUGGCUCAGUAUCGAGAAGAGUCUACCAAGGCUCAAGCUGAAGUUGAUCGCCUGCUGGAAAUCCUAAAAGAGAUGGAAAAUGAGAAGAACGAUAAAGAUAAGAAGAUAGCUGAACUGGAAAGCCUCACUUCAAGGCAAAUUAAAGAUCAGAAUAAGAAGGUAGCAAAUUUAAAGCAUAAAGAACAGGUGGAGAAGAAAAAGAGUGCCCAAAUGUUGGAAGAAGCAAGGAGGCGGGAAGACAAUCUUAAUGACAGUUCCCAGCAGUUACAGGAUAGUUUGCAUAAGAAGGAUGAUCGAAUUGAGGAGCUAGAAGAAGCACUGAGAGAGAGUGUACAAAUAACUGCAGAACGGGAAAUGGUAUUAGCUCAAGAAGAAUCAGCCAGGACACAAGCUGAAAAACAGGUAGAAGAGUUGAUGAUGGCUAUGGAGAAAGUAAAACAAGAACUGGAAUCUAUGAAAGCAAAGCUGUCCUCUACUCAGCAGUCUCUGGCUGAGAAGGAAACCCAUUUAACCAACUUGCGGGCUGAACGGAGGAAGCAUUUGGAGGAGGUGCUAGAGAUGAAACAAGAAGCCCUUCUAGCUGCCAUUAGUGAAAAAGAUGCCAACAUUGCUCUCCUGGAGCUUUCGUCUUCUAAGAAAAAAACUCAAGAGGAAGUCGCUGGAUUAAAACGUGAAAAAGACCGCUUGGUUCAGCAGCUGAAACAACAGACUCAGAAUCGCAUGAAACUGAUGGCCGAUAAUUAUGAAGAUGAUAAUCUGAAAUCAUCUCAUUUCAAUCAAACUAAUCAUAAGCCCUCCCCAGACCAGGUAAUUCAGCCUCUUUUAGACCUUGAUCAGAAUCGUAGCAAGUUGAAGUUAUAUAUUGGACAUUUGACAGCCCUAUGCCAUGACCGGGACCCUCUGAUUCUCCGAGGACUCAUUCCUCCCACAUCGUACCACCUGGAUGAGAAUCGUGCAGCUUGGGAGAAGGAGCUGCAGAAGAUGACUCUGGAGCAGCUUCACAACGAGCUGGAAAAGGCCGAGAAGGACAGCGCAGAGCUACAAGAGUUUGCAAAUGCCAUUCUCCAGCAGAUAGCCGAUCACUGCCCAGACAUCCUGGAGCAAGUUGUCAAUGCACUUGAGGAAUCAUCCUGACUGAAGCCAGUGCUGCUUCUCCACAGCAGCCUGCCAUGGGGUCAGGCCCUCCCAGUUCACAAGGAGUCAUGAGAAUAAUAAAGCAUACGAAAAGGGGAGGGGGAGGAAACACUCUUGGUGCACCUUUUUAUAAACAAAUGAACACAAACUGGUAAUUCCUCCAGUCGAUAAUGCCUGCAUUCAUCUUCUUACUGCCUUUCUCCGUCGGAAUAUCUGCCGCACAGUUACUUUCCCGUUGGCUCUGGGUUGUGUCCACUCUGAAAAUUGCCAAGACUAGAAAGUGUGACGAGGCACUCGCCUUUUGUUUUACUUUCCAAGUAAUGAAAAUCUUUGGCCUGUGGGGAAUUCGAUGUCCUCUAAUAGUGUCUUACAAUUGGCCAACAUCCGUUUAGCUAGGUUUGCUGCUUAUGUCUCUACAAGAGGAUUGAUCCUAAUGGAGAGGUGGGAAGUAUCCCCCAUUCUUCGUGAUGCAUUCUGUUACGGGAUACGUUCCCGUGUUUUCCUUAUUGUUCUGCUUAUUGUGAGCCUCACUUUUGUUUACCCAAUGAGCUACGAAACCUGGUGGCUUGUUUCUCAGCUCGUUUUCUUGGUAUUUUAGUCAACUUUACUAUAACACUAUUGUUGCAUUUUUGAUUGAACUGUGCCCCUUUUUCCCCACUUCUCUCAUUUUAUCUGUUUUCUAGGUUCUUGGGGAGUUGCGUCAUAUCCACAUGUUCCAGAGCCUCCAUCAGUGAUUGAGAGAACAGAAUAGCUUCUCCAUGUGGUCUUAGGUUAACAUUGCAAUUCACAGCCUAAUUAGGAAUCUGAAUAUUCAUUUGAAUUAUAUUAAUAAUGAAAGCACAUUUUGACUAAGGGCGCUACUAGUUCUAUGCAUAAUUUAUUCUUGAAAAUAUUCACUGGAACAAACUUUGGUUUUGCUAUAUUCCUACCUUCAUUAAAGUAAUUUCCUUAUUUCAAGCUUCGGGGUCAUGAGGAACCUUUAGAGCAGGGGUGUCAAACUUGGGCCGUCCCCUUUCGUUAAACCAGGCGGGGCCAGCAUGUGACGCAUCCAUCCCGCAGGCCAUGAAUUUGACACCCCUGCUUUAGAGCAUAAAUAUGUUCCUUCUUUGACAAAGAAUGCAAUGUCUACAAUAUAGAGAUAUUGUAGUGAGAUAGAGUCUUACUCUUAAAGAUGUUUUUCUUUCUUUCUGGAUGUUAUAUAUUUCAUUCUUCAUCCCUAAGGUCCCCUUUUCCCCCCACUGCCUCAUCUCUACCCAGGACAUGCCUAUGUUCAGAUCUGGAAAGCCAGGUCACACGAUCAAUUUUGAAAGAAUGCAGUUGGGCAAAUUCAGGUUCAUGUUGUCUUGUAGAUGCUUCCGAAAACGGAUUGGGGCAUAAAUAAGCUUGGUUUUGAAUUAUAAACAGUCUUUCUUCCUAUGGGUCUCCUAAUGAAAGGUUCCUAUUGCUCUUAGUUAGCACCUCCAUGGUUUUAGAGAUCUGUAAUGAUAGCUUUAAGGCAACUAGAGCCUCUAGUUAAUGCUUUUUGACAUAAAAGAGAAGAGACCUGAGUGAUCUUAAGUAGGCAAUUGCUUUCACCGGAAGGCAUAUAGACAGCAACUACACAUACUAUUCACCCAUGUGUCAUAUCAAAGCCACAUCUUUGGCCCUAUUGCUUGAAAGGCAUAUUUUGGUAGGACCUGCUGCUUUGAAAGCUUCCUUUCAGGUUUUCCUCCUUCAUCCCUAAUUACUCCCUGUAGGAAUUUAAUGCUGCCUAUAAAACCAUCUCAGCCUUCAGGCCUAACAUUUGCCACCAGUGCUUAUCCUAUGGAGUUAUAUGGUUGGAUCUUCAACUGCCCUUGUUCCCUGCUGUAAAAUAAUCCAUCCUCUGUAGGAAAAGCUCUGGAAUUUCCUUAUCUCUGGUUGAAAUGACUUCUGCUUGUAAACUUAGCUGAGAUUCUCCUUGAUAGCUUUUUGUUUUGUUUUGUUUUGUUUGAAGGGGGAUUUUUUUCUGAAAAAUGGAGAAGAUAGUUUGUGGUUGUUCCUACAUUCUCAUGUGCUUAUUGCCCUGUUUAUGUUAAUGCUUCUUCAGCAUUUAACUCUUCCCCUACAUGUGGCUACACUAAGGCAAAACAGGAUCUGUUACAAUAUAUAUAUUCUGAGAAUUUCUUAAAGGUCCCACUGCAAAGAAACAGUGAUAGGUGCUAUUCUUUGCAUUCCAUUCACCACAUUCUGGGGAAGGUGGGGGGAGAAAUUUGUUAAAUUACUCUUAUUAGUAUUGCAGCUGUGGAACCCUUGUCAUUCUUACCACAGAUCUGGACUGGAGCUCCCAUAUUGCUCUUCUUUUCCUUCUUGUGUAAAAUCUUUUCCCUCUACCGUGGAUCCUCUUACAUUUUAAGAAUGGAUCUAAGCCUUCAAUAAAAACUUGGGAGAGAGAAAAAUGCACACACAAGUUGUUAUCUGCCAACAACGAUCUAACAGCAGUAAAAUAUUGCAGGUAAUCUUGAUGCCAUUUGGAAAGAGGACCUGUCUUUCCUCACAUCUGGAGGAACUGUAGGUCUUAAACACAAGGUGUUAGCCAUGAAUUCUUUAUUCCAGUUGGUCAUGUCAUCUGGGAAUUCUGGACACUCCAAUGCCGACCUCUCUGGAGCAGGCAUGAAAUGCUAUCUUUGCUACCGGUUCGGAACCAGGAGCGCACAGCACCUCUGCGCAUGCGCAGAGCGUCCCUGAUGACGUCUGGGCGGGUGAGAGGAGCCUCCCGCCACCACCACUACCGGUUCGCCCAAAACGGCAGAAUACGACCUCUGUUCUGGAGAUUGUAAAGUUAGAAGUAAUUCUGGAAGAGCAUUCUUAUUUCCUUUUGACCAUAAAGUAGAAGAUGGUUAACACUCUUGUAGAUUUACACAACAUUGGCUGCAUUGGAAGACAAAAUGAAAUGCUCAGACCCAUGUCUGGUAAUCUGAUAUUUCAUGGAACAGUCGCAGCUUUUCUCAGUUUUGAUAUCUUUAUGAUCUGCUACAAGUCAGACCAAACUUUUUGCGUCCAGAAAAUAUUCCCAGAAAAGUUUUUCCUCAAAAGCAUUCUUUUUUUAUGUGCCUUGUUACUUGCUUCAGUUUUACAUGAAUUUUAUUUAGAUUAGCAAUGUGAAUAUAGAUUUUAUUGGGUAACCAAGGCUUGUCUGUUUUGAGAAUUGUUUUCCUUUUCUUUUAAGCUCUGAAAAGCUGAUUUUCUGUUAAUGAAAUAUGUUCCAUGAUCUCCAAAGAUGCUACACAGAGAGAAUUUGAACAUAAUAAGGGCUUCUUGAAAGAUUAAGGUACUUUCUUGUGCCAGCCUCGUUGGAUUGUUUAGUGAUCCAGGUUUUCACUCUUAAUUUCAUCAAAACCAGGUUUCAAACAUUUUUAAAGAGGAAAAGAGAACUUCAGCUUCAGAAUUAUGCAGUUAUAAAAAAAACAGGCAUGUCAAUGUAAAACACCUUUCUUUUUUCAUGAUUUGUUACGACAACUAUUUUUGGCCCUUGUUUUUAUGUAGGAAUGCCAAGGACUAUCUGGGAACUCCCAAAGACUUGCAAUAGCUAAAGAAACAAAGAGUACAGCAAAAUAGAUACCAUUUUUUUAAUGUGGAGGGAGUGGGUUAAAGAUAGAAAUAUAUACACAUCCACCUUCAUCAGUAGUAUUAUACAUCUGUUUUAUCUAUCAAUUCUAAUCUGUCAGGAAAAUUUCUGUAUCUGAACAUAAAAUAAACUUCUAAUCUCAAAUGAGUAGAUUGCCAUAGCAUAGAAUCCUGGAGUGACCUUAUCCAAUGGAAAUAGAAUACAGUUUGUCGCAGUUGUUGGAAUCCGAGAGGCGCUAAGGUCAGCAAAAGAAGGGAAAGCAGAUUGCUGCAUAUCAUUCUCCUCUGGAGAAAGGUGACCGAGCAGAGAAAUUGGGUCGUGGCUGGUUGGGGGCUGCCAAAGUUACCAAGACAAACUCUUCUCUUGCCAAACACUCAGUCUUUAUCAGUGCAACCGGUGCUGUUUUUGUAAUAAACAUUUUUUUACUUUUUUUCCAUUUAUAAAGGAAGCUGUUACCUUCUGAACAAAAUGGCUGUUUUGUCGACAUUUUUUUUAAACGAGAAGAAUAAAAAGCAUUUCCGAACUUUUUCGUGUCAAAAGCGUAAACAUAAGAAUACUGAUUUUUUCCCCCCCCCAGUGCGUGUGGUGAGUGCUGUAACCCUAUCAUCAUUGGUAUUCUUAAAUCUUUCAGGGUUGGUGUUUUUUGGGUUUUUUUUUUUAAAAAAAAUAUUUUUUCUGUUUUGUUCUCUGCUUGUCAAUUUUACUGUCUGUGUGAUCCUCUGGCUGGUGGGGCAGUUACUGACCGUGUGUCUAUUGUCUGAUUUUAAAAUAAAAUUUAAAAAGGUAGAGUAGAAAUUGAAAAGUUGUACUUUAAAAAUAUAAACACUAAAUGUAUUGUCCAAAGGAAUUCAAAUAUGACUAAGCAAAGUUGUGAACUCCUCCUUUUACAGUUACCUUAGGCAGUUCCCAAUCUUGUUCCUUUUUAGGACAGCUGGUUGGGGAAUUCUGGAAAGUCCUUAAAAUUGGCAAGAUUGGGAAACUCUGGUCUAAGGAAAGAGAUGAUUUAGUUACCUUUUAGUUGCCUUUGUCAGACUUGAAGAAGACCAGACCAGUGUGGCCUUCAUAGGAACAUCAUUAACCCUUGAUUUCCUCACUAUAUCACUAUGGUAAUAUAUAUGGAGUCCCUUUACACGAGAAAAAUAAAUUAGUCCUGCAGUUGUUGUUUUCAAGUUUCCUAGGGUUUUUUUUAGUUGUGCAAAUUUAAAUUGGAGGGAUGUAUGGAAGCUGGCAUUCAUACUUUGUGUUUUUAGACAUAAGUUCUAUUUCCAAUGCCUCUGCCAGGAGUUCCAUUGUUUCUUUGACAGUAUAAUCUUAAAGGGCUUGUCAUUGUGGUAGAAGAUUUCUACUACUGCUCCAGGGUUUGGCUAACAUAAAUAUGCAUAGCAUAAUUAGAUUUAUUAUUGCUGCUAAUCAUAUCUUACAAAAACAUGAAUGUACUUUCAAAUGUUUAAACCUGGUUGGUUUGGAGAAUACCUUAUCACCUUUUUCCAUUUGAAAUAACCAGCAUUUCAGCAGAGAUGUAUCUGAUUUACUAUCAAGUGUUCCUGCCAGAAUAAGAAUGCUGAAUUUAUUGCAGAUGGUUUGUAAUUUCACCCUUGGGACAUCCUUAUUAAUGCUGCAUCUUAAAAGAUUUGAGCCAAGUUUAAUUCAUAAUUGCCUUUACUUUUUUUCCCAUCUGUUUUUGGCUUAGGAUGAAGUAAUGCAUCUUUCAGGCAUUCAGCAAAUAAACUAGAAUUUGUCGUGGGCAUCUCCUUAAAUACAAACAGCACAUAAGCUUUGACUUACCUGUAUUAGCAGUCACGUUACUGAUAGCUUACAUAUCAUUUUAAGGAUAUGAUCACAUUGGUUCAAGUGAAUGAGAUGCUCCUAUAACCAGAAAUGCAUGCUGUUAAUUCAUCCAGGCCAAAAUAGUUGGUUAAUUUCAUCAGACUUAGUUCAUGAUGAACUUAGAACACUAAGUUCUGUUUUAUCAAAUUAUCACGAAGACAGCAUAAUAGGCUGUCAUUGGGGUGAAAACUAGUAGGAUGGCUUCCCCGUGUUUAUAUACUGCAGGUGGGCACAGUAAACAUGGGAUAUUAUUAUUUUUUUGUCUACUUGGAAAGUGAUGUGUUGCACUUUAAUAAUUGAGGAGGAGACAACUUUUGCAUAUAUAGUCUGACAUACCUUGAGUUCCUUUUGGAAGGACUAGCAGUGGGAGAUAAUAGAUGUCUGUAAUACAAGUUGCAUAUGCUGCCUUCAACAUAAUAUGUGUUUAAUUGAUGGAGUCAUGUUACUGACAAGAUAAUGAAUUGCAAAGAAAUUGUGUUAUAUAUUCAACUUUGCCUUGAUAAUAUAAACAUUUUUGUUCAGUUGUUUCUUUUUUUAUUAACAAAGUUCAUGAGGAGAUUAUAAACUUGUUUAAAAAUUA